AUGGCCUACAUUCUCGCCUGUAAAGAAAAAAAAAAGGCCUGUGCAGCAGACUGUGAGAAUUUGUGAGGGUUGGGAGGAAAUGGAGGGAAGGAGAACAGGUAAAGGCAAAGAAUGAGAGAAGCAGAAAGACCUCAUACAGGAAGAAAUUGAUAGGGCAAGCGAGAAAACAGAGCAAGGAGAGCGCGGUUUGUUUUGAGUCAGUCAAGCCCCAGUGGCCCAGUUUUCACGAACAAGGUCAGGCCACAAUGAGAAGAAUCGCACAACAGAGUUUUUACCUCCCUGUGUGGAUGUUGUAGGUGUUUCUGAUGAAGAUGUAUUUGCAAGAAUGAUAUUACUGGGAAUUGAGUAACAGAAUGGAGCAAACUUCUCACCACAGGUACUUUAUCAAACUCUGCAAAUGUGUGUCGUUCCUGUGAACUGAGGAAACAGCCGAGUGAAUCAGAGGAAGUUUUACGGACGUAGACAACUGAAGACAUGAAAUGAACAGUGUGUGAUGAGCAUUUAGGUCUGAAAAGUUGUUGACUUGUUGGUCAUAAAAAGUCACAGUCAGCACUUGAAUUAAUUUGUGAAUCUGUUAUUUCUGCAUUUGAGAACUUCACCGCUCAACAUCAGAUUUAUCUCGAUUGUUUUUGUGGUAUAACAUUUAUUAAUCAGCUUUAUUCAAACAGAUGGUGACCUUAGGAGUGUUUUAUUCUAAAGCUGGUGAAAAGUGACUUUUCUGAAAGCACCGUGUGCAUAAUCCUGCAGCUUUUCUCCACACUUAUAUACCUUUCUGCCUUCCCCUUGAGACGGGAGAGGAGAAUGUAAACGGCAGAGAAGAAAAGAGAAGAGUCAAGGCAAAGGCGUUGAACAAACUGAGAUAUCACUGCCUCUGAGCAGACAUUUUUCAAGCUUUUUCAUGUAAAUCUGAAUCAUCUUUGUAAAACUUUGUAAAGCCCACUGAAACACUUUGUAUCUGUGAAAUGAGUCACAGAGCUCUCACGAUAACUUUAACUUUCUCUCAAUUUUGCAAACUCUCUCCACUUUUUUCAAAGACACCAUACAAUACAACUCAACAUAAUACAAAGUGAAACUAAAUAGUAAGACAUAAAGGCAUCAAACAAAAUAGGGCUUUUAGAUGUUUUUUCAACAUUGCAGUUGUUAUGAUGUGCAAGUGCAGGAGUCAUCGCAGGACAUUGCAUGACCUCAAUCACGUCAUGCUGACACCACCUCACUGUCCUGGAUUGAUCUCAGAUAAAAGUAUGUGUAUGUGUACAUCAGUGUAAGUUUAUGUGCUUAUGUUCUGCUGUUCCUCUACUCUCUCCUCCUCCCUACAUCUUUACCUCUUCAUGCGGGUGUUAGAGCUCCUGCCCUCAUUUGUUGUAUUAACACUCAUAGAAAUUUGAGUUUUGCUAUUUGUUGUCUUAAUAAAGCCUUACUUCUGAUGAAUCUUGUCAAAAGAUCAGACACAAACAGAAAAGAGAAAUGAUUCGAGGCUUUUAAUUUUCUUUGUCUGGACUGCCUAUAUAUUAGUGCUGAUUAUGUAUCACUGAUAAGCACUGCAAAGGAUACACCUGUGCAAUCUCAACCGUUACCCUACAGUGAUCGUCCUCUCUACUUGAGAUGCAUUUGAGGAUUUGAGACGCCCCUCAAGACAGGGUGCCGAUCAAUUUCGGGGUCACAGUCAGGAGAUGGAGGUAGGGAGGAGAUAGGAUGGCACUGAGGAGGGAAAUGAGAGUCGCCUUAUAUGUCUAGUGUGACUGAAGUUCUGUUUUCUCCAUGUCAGAGGGCGGCAGGUGAAGGAGAAGAUUCCAGAUGAUACAUCUGAGAUCAUGAAAACCGAAACAAAGACAGCACAUUUCUCCAGCAGGCGGUGUAGUGUCACUGAAAAGACCAGGCUUAAAUGCUUUUCUGACUUCCUCUUAUAUACAUAUACGGGCUGAAGACUUAUGUUUUGAAUUAUAAUUGCUCAUUUCAAUUCAAGGCUGUCUGCUGCUGAAUAGGCAUUGCUAUGACAAAUUAGAUAAGCGAGCCUCCAUGAUUACACUGUAAUUUUUCCAUCUACAUAAAAUACAGGUUUAUAAAUAUGAUUUUUGUUAAUAGGCUGCACUCCCCCCUCCCUGGGUUACACUGCAGGGGGCUUAGGGAAUAUCUUUUUGUCAUUUUUACAUCAUCAUAUACAUGGGGAAGGUGUCAAAUAAACAGAAUCUUGAGCCUUGGAUCCAUACCUUCCUUCAUACCUGCCCUUCUACGUGCAUAUGCAGGAUGCAAAAGACUUACCCCCAAUUUCCACCGCAUCCGUAACGGCUAUGAAAAGGCUGUAUCAGCUGAUCGCAGUUGAUCGUAACCAUUAAAGUUAAUGUGUCAAUUUCCACCGGCUUCUUUCCGUUCUGCUGCAGAUCACCGGACUCCAUAGCUGAUCGCAAGAGUUCUAUUUUUUCCAGACGCCAGAGCAUGCCAGAUGAAUUCAGCACAUCAACCCAUGCUGGAAAGGAAGUCACAGACACAGACAAAAUAAAACAUCUGGCUGCUUUUCAAAAUAAAACACUACGCGUUUCAGGUGGAUCGUAUUUAAAACACCAUGCAAACAGGCGGGGACGAACAAGUGAAAGGUUUUUAGACAGCAUUUCACCCCGUUUGCACCAUGGAUGAGAAGAUGCUGAUUUUAGAAGUCUAGAAGUGGAUUUCCUCCUGGAAGGAGAAGAUGCUGAUUUUAGAAGUCUAGAAGUGGAUUUCCUCCUGGAAGGACACAGUCUACUGCUUACAUGGUUAUGUGGCUGUCUGUAUAGAGAUAACUCGUUAUCGCGGGAUUGCGCGUGAAUCCGCGAGUUCCUGAGAGUUCUCGUGAUUUCCGCUGUCCGUAACCCACCACGAAAUUCGCCUCACAAACGGAUCCAGUAGGAAUUGGUGGAUGGUGAAAAUCGCUGCCAUUCCGGAUCAGAGCAGUUCCGGAUGUGGUAGAAAUUCAGGGUCACGUGGGUAGAGCACACCUGCUUUGUUUUGUAUGUUUACAUAUGAAGUCAAAGCAAGGACAGCAGCUCAGACCCCUAGCAGGCAGCAGUGGCAACACACAUGACACACCGUGAAGAAGUGGAGCUGGGGUGGCUGCAAGUUUCUAAGUGGUUUGCAGAGGAAGCAGGAUGAGUAAACAGGGCAAAGUAGUUUAAAUGAAACACCCAUUUUGACAUUUGCCAAAGUGAAGGCCAUAAAAAUCAAGCAGACAGGAAAUACUGUCCGAAGCCCACACAAGAAACAUCCAUCAACAUAAACUAACAUCAGGCGACUUUGGGAAACUUCCGACAAGAGGUACGAUGACAUUUUUUCACACUGUCAUUGAAUGUGUGCCAGUUUCUCUAUCAUUUCAUGAUAAACUGCCUACUUAAGGCCCCUGACUGGAGCCUGAGGGAUUUAUCAGGCGAGGUGAACAUGCAGAGAGGAGCUGGGAAGGAGCGGAAGCUAGUUAUGUCAAGUAAAUUUAUGUACAUAGGCUAAAAUUCCAAUACACAUUUGCCUUAAGGGACUUUUGCGCAGUAAGCUUUCCUCUCUACUGUUAAACCCUCUAUAGAUAUUUAAGGAAAUAGACCAUAAAGAGAGUUUUAAAGUGAAAUACAGUUUGAGUCAAAGUUCUAGCAUUUUUUAAAAGACUGAAUCACCUUCAAUGAGAACCUUUAGUGCACAUGAGUACUGUGUGUAAGAGCUUUGCCUUUCUCAGGUGUCAGGGGGAAAUCAGCUUGAUUUAUUGCACAGCAGGGAGGCUGCAGCCUAGUUUACCUAUUGCAUCCAUGAUGUCUAGACUGCUGCCAUUGACUGAGGGAGGAAGGGAGCUGAGGAGGUGCAAAUGUUAACUGUUAGUGGCUGUGAUGUUCAGGUACUGGCAGAAGGAAGGUGACCAUUUAACAUGCUACAGUUAUUGGUCACUACAAAGGAGGGUUGUGACACCGGUGUUUUAAAACAUUUUGUUCUUUAGACCACCACAUUGACUUUUCAAUAGACGGAGUAGGCAUUGUAAAAGUGGACCUGGGGUUGCAUAUAUGAAUAAAAACUUAUGGAUUAACUUAUUUAACAGUGGAUUAACUUAUGGACAGUCACUUGUUAAUUGUAUCAACUUGCCCUUAUUGCUCACUCCAUUUUUUUAAAAGAAAACAGAAAAUCGGUCUUGACUAGGAGCUUAUUCAACAUCAAAAGUAAGAUUCUUCAGAGGCUUACACCUACAGUAGAGCCUGUUUUAGGAUACUGCUGAGUCUGUGUGGCAUCCUCAAAUUAAUUGAGGUUAUUGAAGUACCAUUUUAAGUUUAUUCAAAGUUACAAAUCGCAAACCGUCAGCCCAAUAAAGUUCUUCUUCCACUUCUUCUACUUCUUCUUUCUUUUCUUCUGCUGCUUCUUCCAUUUCUUCUUCUUCCUUCUUUUCUUUUGCUUCUUUCUUUUCUUCUGCUGCUUCUUCCAUUUCUUCUUCCUUCUUUUCUUCUGCUUCUUCUUUCUUUUCUUCUGCUUCUUCUUCUUUCUUUCCUCUGCUUGUUCUUUCACUACUUUUUCGUCUCCUAUUUCUUUUUCUUCCACUUCUUCAUCUUCUAUUUCUUCCAAUUCUUCUUCCUCUUCUCUUUCUUCUGCUUUUUCUUCUGCUUCUUCAUCUUCUCCCCCUUUUCUUCUGCUUCUUCAUCCUCUACUUCAUCUUCUACCUCUUCUUCUGCUUCUUUUUCUUUAUCUUCUUCUUCCUCAUCCUCUGCUUCUUCUUCGUCUUCCUCAUCUUCUUCUCCUUCUUCUUCUUCUGAUCAGUCAGAGUUUGGCAGAUUCCCAGUUUAAAGAGUGUGGAAUCUGGUCUUUUAUGCUGUACCGGCCAUACUUAUGCACUCCACACGGUCUCAGAGCAAAACUGCUAUAUCUGCCAUUAUUUGUCUCCCAUUUUUAAGAUGAAUCAGUAAGAGUGUGUCGGGCUUUACAUAGUGAGCACAGUAAAACUGCUGAAUAUCAAUGUUUAUGUCCCGAAGAUCCUAGUUUGUAGAGCUGCGAGCGAGGCACACACCCUAAGACUUGAAAUUUUGUCUGUUUACAGAUGAUCAAAGUUUCAGUCGAUUCCUGAUCAUUCCUGUUAGGAUUUCUCAGCCAUUCUCUUUGUAGUUUUCCCUCUGGGUCCUUGUAUUUAUUCACAGCUCCAUAAGUAUUCCCGCUCAAGAAGGAUGAAGAAUUCUUCUCAUUUUCUCAUGCAUUGAAAGCUUAGGUGCAGUGGUGCAAGUCUUGCCGAACUGUUGUGUAAUCCAGGCAUUGUUUGAUGCAUAUUGUUGCUGUUGGUAAUUAUGCAAUACAUUCACUUUUACGUCACGCAGUAAUCUUAAGUAUAUUACUGGUCAUUAAAAGGCCUAUUGUAAAGUCUGUGUUUGUCAUUUGACUGCAUGUAUGCCUCAUAAACUAAAGCUGCCACCCCUCUCAAAUAUUCAAAGAAAAGCCCCCUGAGCUUCUAUACUUUUCAUCCUCGUCACAUCCAGCUGAAAUAGAGGUCUCAGAGGAGCGAUAUUUUUAAUCUCAGGUUGGCCUGCCAGUACAACAACUUUCUGGCUUCACAUGACAACUAAAUAUGUAUGAAGGGAGAAACAGGUUUGGUGAGAUGGCCGGUGAAGGCUGCAGUGUGUAGUGUCUGUCUGCACAGAGAGAAUCAUGGCACUGAAUGCAAACGGGGAAAAAAAAAAAAACGUAUUGUAUGAGAUCAGGUUAAGGGAAGCUACUUUGUUUACCUUUGCUGCUGAUUACUGUUAAACCUCAGUUUGCCUGAAAGAGUAAGUAAUUUCCUCUAUCUGAGUUCAACAUUCAGGAUAUUGUUGAAGUGAUUGAUUUUGUAUUGUGCUUUGAUUUUUUUUUAUAUUUUUGUUGUUUUACUGUAUUUAGUUCAGUCUGGUAAUGACACAGCACCUCUUGAUUGUUGUCAUUGACUAAGGUUGACAGACAGGAUGGGAGGUUAUGAGGUUACGGAGAGUUGGGAUUUUAAAAAAAACAUGCAAAUGUGUAUUCCUUAGCUUUGAUAAAUCAUUAAGUGAGUUUUUAAUGAAAUUACAUUUAACAACCCCAAUGAUAAAACCAAACAGAAGUGGAAUAAAUCAGGUCACCUCUUUCCCUCCCUCCUUGCAUCUUAUCCUUAUUCCUUCCUUCCUUGCAUCCUGCUUUUAUCCCUCUUUCCUUGCAUCCUUUCUUCAUUCCAUCUUUUUUUCAUUCUGUUCUUCCCUCUAUCCUAUCUGCAGGUCCUUCCUCCCCUCCCUGUCUUGCCAUUUCCCCUUCCUCCUGUCUUGCCUUUCCUACGUCCACGCUUCCUCCUGUCUUGGCUUUCCUCCAUCCCUCCUUCCUCCCACCUUGCCUUUCCUCCCUUCUCCUUAGGUCCCUCUAUCUGGCCUUAUUUCCUUCCUCCUUCCCUCUUCCAUUCCUACCUUUUCCCUUCUUCCUCUUUUUUUCCUUUCCUUCAUCCUUCCAGCCUACCUUCCUUCCUUUACUCCAUCCUCUCUUCCCCAGAACAAACCAAACUUGGCACACAGAUCAGUCUUAAUGAAGAACUUGAUGUUUCAUUGGUUUAUUUGAGAAAACCUCACAAAUACUGACUCAAUAGCGUCUCUGUACCACUUCAAAAUUCAGCCUCUAUAGUUGGUUUAACCUACAAGCAUAAAGAUCACCAGGCAUUUCAUGCUUCAUGUUUCAUGUAAAAACCUAAAAAAGUAAAUACCCACUGUGAUGCCUAACACUUUUCUGGUGUAGAGAAUUAUGUGUUUAAAAAUCUGAACCCUAGCUAGAAGGUGGUUUAAAAAACUGCAGACUUCAUUGAAAAAUAAGUCUGGUUUUGUUUAUAUGGGGGAAUUCGCUGUGCUUGUGGAUGCGUUUGUUUGCAGGUACUCUGUUUUUGAAAAAUGUUUGCUGAACAUCCAGUGUCAAGUGCCAGGUUAUUCAAAGAGAGCUCAGGAAACAAACAAAUGUUACCUGAUAAGGCAGGGUGCAGUGAAUGUGUGGUGAAAAAGCACACCACCAUCAUUACCCGCUCAUAGAACUUUAAGUAUAUUACUGGUCAUUAAAAGGCCUAUUGUAAAGUCUGUGUUUGUCAUUUGACUGCAUGUAUGCCUCAUAAACUAAAGCUGCCACCCCUCUCAAAUAUUCGAAAUGCUGGGUGAGGAUAAACAUGUUAAUCACAGGUGCUUGUAAGGUAACAAAACUAUCGUUUAAGGUUCCUGGAACAUUUUAAACUUCUUUGUGUUAUAAAACAUUUGAAGUAUGAUGUUAGAGAGCCCAGUGCUUUAAAAUGUCAGCCCAGAUAGACAUUAGACAGGAGCCACACUUAUGGUAUCAUGAUAUUGUAAACUUAUUGGCACUCCAGAAAGUUAUUUUGGUUGUCAUGUCCUGAUGUUGUGUUUUUCUGGGAAGUUUGAUUCUCUCUCUAAUGAUGAAAAAAUCUUUCUUUUGUCCUUGGUUGACACAGCACCUCUUGAUUGUUGUCAUUGACUAAGGUUGACAGACGGAUGUGUGAUUGUUGGCAGUAGUUCAGUGUUACAUAACAAGGUGUUAGACCAGAACUCAUGACUGUAUUGUGAGCACUAUAACAUGUGAUGUACACAAUGCAUAAAGUGCUACUGGAUUACAAUUAAAAUAAGACCAAAGAACUUUUUCAUUGACUUUAUUCCAGACGUGUGCUUGUUGAAGCCGUCUGACCUUUUCACAUCUGCGCCGCUUGUCACAUAGUCCUUGUACUUAUUUACAAUCACUGACAGAUGAGGCAUAAAGAGCGUCAUGCUGUUCCAAAAACAAGCCCAGACUGUGAGCGGUUGAACUCGGUGAAGGACAGAUGAAACUUCCUCCAAAAACUUGAAGAUUUCGUGGAAUGCUACACUAUCAUCUUCUGAUAAACCUGCAUACUCUAGCAAAGGAAGCGGUCUGUCCUUUUUCUUUCAAGUACAUAUAUGAAGGCAGUGUUUCUCUGGAGAGUUGGUCCACUUGUAACAAGAGCAGAGUUUGAGGUAAAAAAAAAGAGAGGUGGAGGUAAGGUCGCUACAGCUACAAGAAACAUAAUGUCAGGUUGUUCUGCUGCAAGAAAAUCAACUUUGAGUCCCCUCUGAAAACAUCCACAUCUGGCAUGAAUCCCAUAUCCAACCUCACUUGGAGAAAAUCAUUUUAUUACGUUUAUCAGACUAAAAACUGGACCUAAAAAAUACUUAUUAAAAAUUAAGUCCAGUUCAAAUCACACUAAGUCAAAUAUCUGGAAGUUGGACUUGCCCAGAUGAUGCAGUAAGGGGUUGUUGUUUUUUUUUCUUUAGCCACAAACUGGCUGAAACUUUCUGGACAUACUCCAAAUUUCACUCACAGGGCUUUGACCUGGAAGUUGAACUGCCUAAUUACGAAGAAGUAGGCUGGGUGGUAAACAAAUGUCUGUAAACAGUCAAUCAGUCUGUCCCUAGAAAAAAGGCCAGUGUCUUGUGAUAUUAUUGUCCUGUUUUCAAUAAGUGAAAUAUACACACCUAGAUUCAAUGUAAUCACUGAUGCAGACAUAGCAGUGCUUUUAAUAUGAACACCACCAGAAAAGGUAAUAUACAUCUUGCGGCUGAACCACUCUUGAAUAUGUUGAGCUGAACAAGUUAAAGCCGAAUCUGACUGAGUGGUCUGCCCACCAUUAAAAGCAUUGAGAGACUUAUAAUAGAUCUAGAUAGUCAUUUAUAACCAGGCUGCAACAACACUUUAAAUAAACCAGGCUAACUGCAGUGUUAUUAACUGAACAGAGGUAGAGGAACUAUGCUUUACAAUUGCUUGUAUUUUCAACCUCAUGUUCCUCAGUUCAAAGUUUGUUUUCGUUUGUGUAGGAAACAGAAAAAGCCACAGAGUGCAGGUCUUGUUCCAGGUCACUGUCAAAGUGUUUUGGUCUAUACACAAGGUCUAAUGGAUUUUCAGGCUCCUUUGAACACAGGUCAGUGGCAGAUUGUUGUUAUGACAUAGACAAAACUCUGAACUGAACUAAACUGAACCUCUUCAGUUUGAACUUAACCCUUCAUUAUUUACCUUACUGGAGACAGUCACUGUCCCUCACUGGAGGGUAUAGGCAAAUGGAAACAACAACAGCCAUGAGCCUUUUUUACAUACAUUCAGACGUUAAGUUCUAAAUGAGUUUAUAUUUUCCAUAAAAAUAAUUGAAAAUUUCAGUUCAAGAUGCCAUUUGUUGUUUUUGCACUAUUUUCAAUUAAAUAAAGCAGCUAAAAUCUGUCAAGACCAAACUCGAACAUGCGUGUUUUGUUCGAUUUUUUGAUCAGGUGGAGAUAAACAAUGCAUGGUGUCCUGUAUUGUUGGACUAUCACAGUUGUGAUAAAUCAUAACCAACUGGCUGAGAAUGGACACAAACUUUUUAAGAACAUGCAGAGAGAUUAACCCGACUGGCAUAGCUAGCACGACAGUAUCUCAACAUACCAGCAACAUCUGUGCAGUUUUAAAGUAUCCCCAAAGGAAAUUUUGUUUGUCUGGAAUAGGGCUGAAACGAUUACUCGAGUAACUCGAGUAACUCGAUUAAUAAAAUUCCUCGAGGCAAAUUAUAUGCCUCGAGGAAUCGUUUAAAUCCGGAACCAUGUGCAGCGCACGGUGUUUGACACGGAUGGUUAUUUCUGUUGCGCAGAAGCGUGCUCUUUCCGCUCCUUCCGCUGCCGCGCGUUUGGUUCAAUCAUGGAGGGAAACGAGGACAGACAGAAGCUGUGUCCGAAAUGGCAUACUGCCUGCUAUCUACUUACCUACUCAAGCAGUAGCUACUGCCUACUGACUACUCAAAGAUGAUUUGAGUAUGCCGCGGCUGCCCGAGCGUUUACACACAUACAUACUAAAUACCCCAGAAUGCAUUUCGUGCCGGCCGGACGCAGCGCCGGGAAAAUUUAAAUAGUCCUACCACAAGCUACAUAGAACGACUGCAUACCGGACAAAUUAUAUAAAUUCAUUCAAUAAUAAUAUUUUUUCUAGCGAGAAAGUAAGUGUUUACAUCACGAUUAUGAGCCCAGUUGUUUGAAAUAGUGGCUGUUUGUAAAUUUGUCUCGGCGUUUUCGGAGACCGAAGCGUCCACUUGGUCGGUGUUUGCGUCUAUUUACCGUAAACACUGGGCAGCAGCAGCUCCCCCUUCACGUUUCCAAAUUAUUGCGAAGUGUUUUCAUAAUCAACAUCUACACGACACAAACCGGGCGGCAGUGGAUGAAAAAAAUCACACAAACAUCCGUGUAUCCAUGGUGAUAAUGCUAUACACCACCUGCUAGGCGUGUGAUGAGCAGCAGAGGGCUGCAAAAUGACCAACACACAACAACAUGUAAAUAAAAAUGUAACACUUUUAUAUAUUGAAUAAAUGUACAUUUGCUUGUCAAAUUAUGUUAGUAUCCAAGAAUUAUAUUAUUUCAGCCUAUUAAUUAAACAAGUAAAAUUAGAUCCAAAGCCUGGAAAUAGUUGUGACUGGUUUAGUGAAAACUGCAAAGAUCAUUACCAUAGCAAUUAAAAGACCAUCUGCAGACCUUGCCUUCAGUAGUUUCAUGUGAACUACAUGGUAAAAUGUAAAACUUUUGGUUCCUGAUUUAUGCAGUAAAAAUAUUCAUUUGAAAGACCUGGCCUAUUUCAGUUUUGUGUGUUACUGAUGGUUUUUAAUGAGGCAAACGUGAUUCAAUGCAAAGUAUUACAGUGAGAGCAAAACAUUUCUUAUCCGAUUACUCGAUUAAUCGACAGAUUAAUCGAUAGAGUACUCGAUUACUUUGUCUGGAAUCUCAUCUACUACUUAUAGAAGAAUAAAGAAGUCUGAUGGCCAUCCACCACCGUUUUUUUUUUUUUUUAGAAUGGCCUCGACCCUCCUUGGUGUGCACAGAGAACAUCACAUGGAACUUCAGCCGUUGCCUUGGGUGUGAUGUAUACAAGUAUUAUUAUGAUAUGACUAAACUCCUUUACAACAUAUGUAGACGUGCUUAUUUUUCUCAAGAACAACAAGUAUGCAGAAAUUUGAACAUUGUCUGAAAAAGUUUAGUUUUCGUGGUCUCUUGUUGGAGCAAUUUCACAUUACGUCAUUUGACCUUUAAGUCGUACGAUUUAAGGGAGAAAACACAUUUGAUAUUGUUUUUGUUUUAAGAAAAUUAUAGUUCAGGAUUCGAGUCUGAAUAUUUCCCAACAUGAAGAAUACUUUAAAUUUGCAUCCCUAGUCCUGGCUCUUCUGAGGUUAGGGUUGUAAGAAAUGGACAUAGUUGUUGACAACUGACUCAGUGUUUUAAUUAACUGUAUUGUAAUACUCAGAUAUGUCUGUAUUUCCAUUAACAACAGUAUAAGACAAAACAGUCCUGUAAAACUGUGACGUAAAAAGUUCCACAUUAUACACAUAAAACUUGAACUGCUGUCUCUCGACUGCAGGAGUCUCACAGCCUCUGGGUAUGUCGUAGUAAAUUUAAAGGUUUCUCCUAUUAGACAGACAGACUGAAGAAAAAAAAAAAAAGUAGGCGCACUGAUGUGUGUCCUCGGUUCUGUUUGUUGACAACUGUUAUGAUUUCCGGAGCUGAAGCUGUGGAAGUUGACAGAACAGUCUGUAGAUCUGAGUGAGUUCAGUCCGUCCCACCUGCUGUGUAGCUAACCAGCCAACUGUCUGCGCAUAUCAGGCCGAUGUCUUGUCAAGAAACACAAACAUCAGGAGAAGAUGAAUCAGUGUGCAGACUGCUCUGCUCCUGUCUGCUCUGUGUGUGUGUGUAUGUGUGCGGAAAACUGACUAUUAAACUGGAUAUGUGUCUGAGCUCUUGUUGGUUAAAGCAUCCAGCACUGACAGUUUAUAGCUAUGUGGGAUAAUCUGUCUAAUGAUGACAGCCUGCUGGAAACGUAGGUCUUUAAUUACUCUUCAUCCGUCUCACACUCGGAGUCUAACGCUGGGAAUUGUUAUGCAUUGGAAGAAACACAUUAAGGUUGUCAGUGAGCUCUAAUUGGGUACAUCAGGCUUAAGCUAUAGAGUCCCCUCCCCCUAGUUAACACACACCAGCCCACAUUAUUAUUAUUAAAACACCUGAUAACUGUGCAGAAGGAGAGGGUGAACUACAGUGUAGUCUAAACUUUAGACCAGCGUUGCUCUGUCUGAUGUAACACAUCCUGUAAUAGAAACCAUGCAAACAUUUGCUGUGUGACACAAGGAUCACUGUGAAUGUGGCAGGAAUCUCACCGUCUUGUUGGACUUUACAGUUUCUAAAAUCUAAUGCACAAAACCUGAAUCCUUGUGCUGAAAUUUACAUCUAUAAGAGAACAAAAAAAGCAGGAAGAGACGUCACACAUGCAGCUGCUUUUAUGUGCAUCACUGAAGGCAAAUUAAUGUGCAAGAUGACAUCCUUAAAGUUUGGAUGUAGAUGCUGCUCAUCUGUGAUCAUUAUAUUGUGAUUAAAGUGUGAUAUUCACCCUGGGAAGCUGUGUCCCAGACAGUCACUUUUUUACUGAUACUAAGAUUUGGUAAAUCUUAAUUUGUCUCAAAAGAAAUGACUGACAUCAGCUGAUCACUCUCAGUAAAAAUCUCAAAUACCUGAGUUUGGAUCAUUUAUAAAAAUCAGGUCAUGAUUGAAAAGAACUGGGUUUUUUUUAGAUAUUAUUUCUCGUUUGUUUCUCCCCUUACAGUUAAUCAAAUAUGUCUGUAGGGAAAGAUGUUUCUGUGACAAACCAGAGACUUCGAUGAUUAAAAGUACAUCAUCAUCUUAUCUUCAACAUCACACAACUUCUGCUUCCUCCUACUUUGUGCGCCACUUCCACACAAGAUGUGGACCAAUCUCAUAAACUGUCACUAACUUCCCUGAAAAGUCAACUCUCCUCAGUGUAAUGUCUACGCAGCAUCACCUGACAAAAUCUACCGCCCUGCAUGCUGAUUUUAACGCUCUCUUAUUUCUCCUUUCUCCGUUUUCUCCUCCCAGUCAGAGGCCAGCAGGCUUCUCCCUGCACCUGGGAUGGUGCCAUGUGACAGAGCGGCUGUGGAGCCUUAACCCCACCACCACUGCUCCAUCAUCUCGUCUCCCAGCUGCUCACCCAUCUCUGAUCUGACCCCAAGUCCUUCUCCUUCCUCCCUUUAUCUUCGCUCUGAGCCCUGGACGAGGCCACCACAGCCACCACAUGACUCACCCACUGGAGCCCUAGAUCAAGUGAGUAACGCUGAAGCAGGUUUCACUUUUAAGCCACAGGUGAAUAUAGCGUUGCAGGCUGUUGUGUACUUUGGCUGGUUGUCUUGCAGAACCAACAGUGUCUAACUUUGUUUAUUAUUCAAUCCUCUCACUGAAUAUUCCUGGAAUACUCUUAUCAGGUUACUUUAUUGAGUGAAAAUACUCCUGCUUUAUUUAUUAUUUUAGUGUGUGAGCUUCUAACCGAGGCUCAGGGCCAUGUUUGUAGGAUGGCAGAGGUGAACUGAGGUCAGUAUUUAGAGAGAGUGUGGCGAGUAGAAGAGGCAGGAUAAGACCUCAAGAGCUGGUUAUUUUGCUGUAUUCGGCUGAAAAUAAGCCAAAGAUUUAAUGUGUGCACAUACAUUUUGAGUCUGGGUGUGUUUGAGCCGUGCUUUGUUGCUUCCAGGGCUGCAACUCUCAGCUGUUUUCAGUAUCUCUUGGAGAACAAUGAAAAUGCACCAGAUGAUUUAAAGAAAAGAUUUGCAAGUCAAAGAUUAAAUCAUCAAACAUCAAUGUUAGAAAAGCAAGAAAAUCCUUUCAUCAUAUCAGGUUGGAAGCAUUAGAUACUUGAUAUCAGCCUUGAGAGAAGCAGAGCCAUUUAUGUGAAAAUGCCAUCUGAUUAAUUGGUUUUAUCUGGUAACAAUCCCAAAUAAAUGAGGUUGUUGUUAUUGAAGCUGGUGAAGAGAAAUCUGCUGUCAUACCCGUGUUGUUGUACGGCCACCAAAUCGCAAAUCUGAGUUUGGUCUUAGAGUUCAAGUCUGAGUCAUCAGAGUAGAAUCUGAGUCCAGUUAAAGUUAAGUCCUCCCUAUAAAUACUUUCUUUUACAAAUAGGAUGGCUAUCUGACUCCAAACCAUUGACUGCAUGGACCUAGACUGAGUGUGUGGGACAUUAUGGAUGUGUAGAAAAACCCAUUUCACUUCAUUUUUUUCAACAUUAGAUCUGAAUGAAUCCUGUCGGCAUACCUGGGGAUUGAAAUUGUCAACAAAGUUCUGUGUCAGGGGCUUCUAUGAAUCAGGAGAUGCACUUAGAAGAACUACACGACACCUUUACUCGAUGAUUUCAUUUUCUGUAUCGCAAAUUUCCUCAAUAAAAAAUCACAGUCAGUGCACAAAGUUUCUUUAUGUUGUUACUUUAUCUGAUUGCAGAAAGCGCUCUGAAAAAAGCAGGGAUUCACUGUGUAAAAUUCCUUAAAAGCAGAACAAAUAGUGUGCUUUUGACUGCUCAACAUCCUCAUUUUCACUCUGCAUUUGCCUCCUUUCACAAUAUUCACACUAAGGAGUGAGGACGAGCAUCCAAAUCUCCAUAAAAAUACCUUAUUUUAUUUUAUCCUGUUAUAAACUGAAUUUCAAAGCUUUUAUUUGAUCUGACUGUUUCAGAGGUAUGACGGUGAAUAUGAUUGUUUUGAAAUGGACCAGCUGCAAGUGAAUAAGUGAUGAGUGCUACAAGAGUGCCAUUACAGUUGCAAAAGCAUCACUAUGUUGAUCCGUAUGAUUUAAAGUGUGAAAAUUCAGUGUGGGUUUUUCUGUUGAAGGGCUUUUAUUGUUUGAAAACUGACCUUUGUUGGAGCUUUUUUUCUGUGAUUUGCAGAGCACGCUGAGGUUAAAUAAAGACCAGUAAAGAAAAAAGUGAUCAAUCUUAAAAACCUUACAUUGCAUGAUUGAAUGAUUGUAAGAAAAGGUCUUUGGUGACAGAAGUUACAAGAGGAAAAGGUUGAUCAUCCAGUGUCAAAAAGGCAGUAACAGCUGAAUCUGAGAGACUCCAAUCUGUCUCAACAAAGACUUAAUAGUCUGUUAGUUUAAUUUAGAAGGGGAGCAGUUAGUUCAGGCUAAAUUAGCAGCGAAGAUGGAGAAUGAAGAAAGAUAAUACCCUUCUCUGGCUGCCUUUGCUGCAUUAUUCCCCUGUGCUGUGCACUCUCAGCCCCAAACCCGCUGCACAGCUCUGAACAUCCCAGCACAGCCGACAAGGCCUCCCUCAGCGCUCCACGGGUUGAAAUGAGGACACGCACACCCACACUCACACUCCAAAUUGCUCAGAGACCGCUGGAGUUCAAUAAAUGAUGAAUAUUCAUGUGGAUUUAUCAGUCUGGCAGUGAACGUGUUUGAGAUUGAAAAUGGGCUGUGAAAAAUUAGGUGAGCAAAGACACGCAGAGCAGCUGAGAAAAGCAGAUAUGUCGACGUGCCUGUCUAAAUAGAUUACAUAAUACGCUGUAAUAUAAAAAAGAGAGUCAUCGUUUCACCAAUAUGGAGGUGCAUUUUGUCGCUAUUUCUGGGAUGACAGGGAGGCGUAGUUUUUCUGUGUCCUCAAAAGACUCUGAAAGCACAGCUCCAGUUCUAUGGACAAGUACUGCCUUUUUACAUUAAGGUUAUACAUAUUGCAUGAUAGUCGGGAGUAUCUCCCUAUGCAUCCUCUGCUAGCUCACACUUUUCUGCUGCCAUUGCUACACAGAGAAGAAAAUGACUUCAGGCAGGCUGGAGCUCACCACUGUCUGCUCUAUGUAUUCUAUACUCCAAGGGUUUUUGGCUAAAUGUAGUAGAGCGUGUGUGGAGCUGUGUGCACUCCAAGGUUAUUUCUCGCUCUUGGUAAACAUCCUGGAUCUGGGUGGACACAGAUGGAGGGAAACAAUGGACAGAAAUGGAGUGGUUUUGAGUCAGGGGGCAGGGAAACAUAGAGGACCACACCUGUGUUUUUACAAGUUUAAACCCGUGAAGCAGCAGGUAUGUUUGUAUUCUUCACCUCUUAAUGUUUUCCCCGGCAUGUAAGAUGUGAUGAGGAUAGAGCUCUGUGGGUUUGUGUUUAACAUGUUUGAAUUGCUGAUGGUUUCUAAUGAUGUUUUAGUAUCUCAUAACUAACUCAGAGGGAAAAGACAAUUUCAAUUAAAGCUGCUGUAUGGAACUUUUAGUUUGUGCUUAUUCUGGUGCCCCCCUGUGGACAAAAAACACCUCUGAUGCAUGUCCAGUUCCUCUCUUGCACAUGUAAAGUGUUUUUGUAAUUGAAAAUCUCCUGCCCUCUUGUUGCUGUGUAGAAAAAUGUCUACUUUGACAGCGUGCAGUUACUCACUUUGUCUGACUCCUACUCCCUAGCAAUCCAAAUCGCAUAAUUCAAAGUAAACUCGGGCAAAGCUUACAACAUUUUGCUAGUUAAGCGGCGCACAGACUGGGUUCAAUGUGAAAAGAGGUUGAAUUGACAGAUUCAAACACAGCCAGGCAUUUUUAAUUGUGUUUUCCAUACUACAAUGACACUAAAGUAGGGCCUGCCAAUUUUAGCCCGUUUAAGAAUAAUAGGUGAUCGGCCAAAACUCGCCAAUUUUCGCCGAUAUUUUCAGAAAUAAAAUGCGGAGAAUAAAAUUCGGUUUCACUUUGAAAAUGUUCUGCCAUUUGAAAAGAUCCCAGACUUAUCCUGUAGAUGGCGCAGCGACCUCAUGACAAUCUUCAUCUACUAACUACCUCACAGCACAGCAGAGUGACAGAUCUGUAGCAGGCAGCUCAGUGACGCCCGGAGGAGAGUGGUUCUCCUCAUUAGUAAAUAAACUAGUUUGUGAAAUGCACAAUAAGUCAACAAGUUUCAGUUUAACCCACUUCACGAUGUUCCCCGCUGUGCUUGUCUCGGUCACGCCGAGUUAAUGGUGAAGCACCACGUAAUAUGCAAGCUAAAGUUAGAGUUAGCCACCUUGCUAUUAGCCUUGCUACACUGUUAGCCGUGCCAGUAACGGUAGAAUAAACAACAGUACACAUUGCGUGAUCGAGCUACUUCUCUAGUUGAAAAUGCUUUUCUGGUCUGAGUUUGAUCCGCCUGUCUUCCUGUCGGUGUGAAGAGCAGUAGCUUACAGUAUAGUAUAUCUACAGUAUAUAUUUAGUUUUUAAAACUUCAUAAAAAUUUUGAAAAAUCAUCAGAUUAAUCGGUAAUCAAAUUUUUUUUCCCCUAAUAAUCAGUAUUGGCAUUGGCCCCCAAAAAUCCAUAUUGGUCGGGCCCUACAAUAAAGAGUCUAUUUUAUUCUGUUUUUCUCAGGUCUUGCUAUUUACAUAACAGAUUUUAGCCUCAAAAACACCACAUGCUCAAAAAGAGCAUUUAUCAUUGAGCAGCAUUUAACCCUCUGUCUUCUAUGCCCCUAAAAACAAAGACAACACACACAGAUCAUGAUUUUAUUUUGUCAAAGCGUUGAUUUAUUGGAAUCAGCUGACACAAUCCUCCUGAUCAGCUGUAAUGAGCAGGGGCUGUCUAUAUUAACAAAGAUAUGAGUAUCUUUACUCAGGACACACAGCAGGGGACAGGCUGAAGGUAUCAGACAGGCUCUUAUGAUGACUAAUGUCUUGUACACACUACAUCAAAGAAAAGCUGAGAUCACAUGAAACUAUUAAAUACUGUUGUUUUACCUAAAAUGACUGAGGCAGCGUUGUCAUCUUGAUUUAUUUUUAAAUCAAUAUAUCUGUUUGUUAAUUAAACCCAAAGGUAGUUAGAGUAAUAAUCUUUAGUGCCCUUUCCAGUUUUUAUUUGACUUUACAUUAUAACGAAAAUUGAACAACUUGAGAUUUUUGUCGUUGGUGGUUAAAUAUUUCAAAGAAGAAAUUAUGAUUUUAAAAGUUUAACAAGCAUAUUUCAUAGUGCUAAUUAGUCAGUUGUUGUGGUUCAGUUAUGAGGAAGAUCUUUUAUCCAUUUGUCAUUAUAUCACCCAAAAGACUGCAGAAUAUUUUAAGAAAAGAUCUGUUCCUGCAGUUGCAGCCCAGAUCAUUUCAUUUCUACCAAAAGUGCAUCCUUAGUUUUUGCAGAUGUUGAAGCCAGUGCCUCUGAGUGCAUUAACUCUUACCUAACUCAUUACCCGGUGUGAUGUAAUUAGGCAGAUAAAUAACACUUACAGUAAUUGACAACAGACUGACAAACUGCUGCUUCUGUGUGUGAUUUGCUUCAUAAACAGGAAUUGUUUGAUAACUUGUUUGUCUGGUUUGGCGUAUGUGUGGUCUGAUAGAGAGGCUGAACAGAUCUGAAAUGCUCAAAAGUGCACACAGUAGCGUGGGAUUUCAUCGCCGCUCCGCCUGCACCUGAAACUCUGCACAUGUAAGUUUCAGAAAAAAAACAUGCAAUGGAAAAUUUCUCUUUGAUGCGGCUCACAGGCAAAAACACACAGUAAGCACAUGGGUUGCACCUGUAUUAAUCAAUCAAUCAAUCAACUUUAUCUCUAUAGCACAUUUAAAAGAACCACGGGGGUAGCCAAAGGGCUGUACAUUGAGACAUAAAAACAAAUAAAACAACCAAAGAACAAGAUAAAGUGCGCAAAAAUACAUUUAUGCAAAAAAUAAAUAAAUAAGCAGACUCACAGCAAGUGCUAAGAUGAUAACAAACAAAAUAACACUACAAUGUAUAUUGUAUAUUUCAGUAAAGCCUGUUUUUUUCUACUGUUCUACAUAGCUGUGGGAAAUAAGCAUAACCUCAUUUCUACUGUCCUGAUUUAUCUUAGAAACAAUGUUAAAGCGGUUAAAUAAUUUAUAACAGAGUCUGCGUUUUAGCUCAAGCCAAAGUUGUAACAGUUCAUUUUGGACGCACUUGCCAAAAGCCUUGUGUCUCUCUCUGAGACAGCCCUCUUCAUUUAUAAUCUGAUUAAUUUGGAUUAGAUCAAUUGUGCAUGCAGACGGGCUGAUAUUUGUUUUGGGGGCGUAACUUUUGCUGCAGUUCCCAAAAUAAGGGGAAUUAAAUUAUUGUGCACAACUGAAGGUCUGUGUGAGGCAUUAUGAUCACAGGUCAAUAAUAACCAACAAUAUCAAUGUCCACUGACUCUAGAAAAACCCAGAUUUAUUGGAGUUUUAACACUCAUACCUGUAGUUGCUUCUUAAUGGACUAAUGGCGGCAAAUCAGUCCUUUCACUGAUUGAAUUAUAUGUAAACUCUGGAGGCCUCAUGCUGACAGAUUUCCACAAAUCUCAGCGUGAUACGUCUCCACAGUGGGACGCAAAUGCUGCUCAAUUAAACCUAAAGCUGCACACGGUGACUUGAGAUGAUUUAACGUUACAUUUAAUCUGACAGUGUCCUCAUACAAAGUUUCACACACCGUGUAUGAGUGUAAUCCAGGAGUCAGCGGGUGCACUGUUACCCUGAUUGACUGAGCCUAUAUACAUUCUUUGGUCAUGCCCUAUAUUCAAGUGGGUGGGCCUUAGCAACAGUGACUGAGCAGCUUCACAUGGAAUGUACUAACUGAUUGCAUCAGGGAGGGGUGGUUACACUUGUGUGCGUGAGCAGUGUUGUUUUGUCUUUGCUCACAUUAAAUGAUACUCAAAUUAUGUCAGCAAGAAUGCCAUUGAAUGUACAACUUUAUCCCUUUAUAUUGAGCUCUAGCCUUUCGCUGUCAUAUUAAUUUAAACAUCAAGCACCACUCGCACAAGGGUCUUAACAUUUUGAGCAGGAUAUCAACCGAGAAAGGGGCGAGAAUUGAUAGAAGUUGAAGGGGAUUUUAACCAAAAGUUUGUACAGUUUUUGUGUACGUCAUGAUCAAGUUGCUGCAUUAACUUUGAGUAAAAUCAAUGCUGGAAAUUUGCAUGAAACAAUUUCAACCUUUUCUUGCAACAAUUACUGUUACUCUUAUGCAAAGGCUUUCUACAAGAUUCUGGUGUCAGUCUGUGAAUAUAUAUUUGUGCUUGUUCAGCCAAGACAGUACAGAUCAGGGUCACUGUUGUUGGACAUGAAGGCCUAGUCCCAGUGUGCAUUUCUUCUCUCCCCAACGUGCCCAGUAUAGUUACUAGCAUUGAAUGAAUGAAAAGUAGAGAAUGAAAGUAGAGUUCCCUCUGCCGAGCUUGCCUAAUAAUGUCUUUAUUGACCCCUCGUAGUUCAAAUAGGCCAAGGCUGAGGAUGUGUCAGGUAGGUAAACUCCAAGUAACCAACCAAGGUAAGACAACACUCAGAAAGCAGCAGAACACAAGACCACUUAAAACUGAUCAUUGUGUUUAUUCGGCUAAAACUGGACUUUUAAAAUACAUGCUCACAUGUUAGUCCAUCUGAAAUAGCAAGAAGUUUCUUAAAGCUGGACUAACAUACCUAGAUAAAUGCACAUGUACACCUCAUGUGGACCCAAACUGGCCAAGGUGUUGUGCCCCUACCAGUGUUGUGUCAUUCGCGAACGAUUCGUUCAAAAGAACCAAAUCUUUGAAGUGAACAUACUGAACCGAAUCACUUCCUCGAGUGAUUUGUAGGUUUCUCACUUCAGUUGAGCUGAAGUUAGAAACAGCAUUGCUGGGCCAGCAGCUGGCGAACAAGGGACCCCAUGCACCGACAUCUGAAUCACUUGGUGAAUGAAUCACGCAUUGGACUACACUCUCAGGAAUCAUUUUUGUCGGACAAAACUACCUUUUUUUUACUGCUAAAUUGCCACCACAACAUCUCGCAUACAAUAGGACACAGCAUGUAACAAGUAGUGCAUUAAACCCGCAGCAUCCUAUCAUAACAGCGGUUUGCGAGGGAAUGGUGCAUGUUCAGCGUGAAUUCUUCUAAACGUUCAGUGAACGAAUCACUCACUUAGCCCAAUUUACUGAGCAGACCUGAUAAAUAGCAUACUAUAGGACAGUACACCUAAAACAUCAUGAACUAUAAAAGUUCAUUUAUACAAACCUGUUUGCCAAAGCAACACAGCCAAAUACUCUCGUCUCCCGGUCUCAGAAGCUAUGAAUUGAACUGAAUCCUGAAACGUUCAGCUGUGUAUCAGUUCAGGAGGUCGGAGUAGCAGGCUUUUCCUGCCAAGCGCUAAAUGAUUCAGUGAUUUGGUGAAUGAAUCUUUUAAAUGAAUCUUUUUAGUGAACUGAUCCUAGUGAUUCAGUGUAUCUAAAAGAACUCCUGUGCCCAUCACUAGCCUUUGCUCCUCUUCAUACACACCAGGCUUUGACUUAGAGGUCUGUGUUUUCACAUGGCCCCCUGCUAACUUGUCUGUUGGUAUAAUGUGGCGUAAUAGGACAACCAAGGGUAUGAUUUUAUCGUAUCUAAGUAAAAAGGGGUACUAUUGCUCCAUAUUAUGUAGGUCUGUAUUGGACCUGCAUUUGUCAAUCGACUGAUUUUUGCCCAAUGCUUGUAUGCUGGGCCAAGAACAGUAGCCCAGUCAGUCGCCUAAUCAAGCUGUAUAUGAACUGAAAGGGUCUGUUCAGGGAUGGUUGACGGAGUAUGGCUAAUGUUAGCAGAGCUAGCACCACCAGCCUUCAGUACUCAUCUGUGCUGGUUACACAUAUUUCUCGGGUCGAGUUAACCAGACACAGCUCUGGUACAACUUUAUCUCCACUGUCAAGAUCAAAAUACUCUCUGAGAUACCAUCUGUCACCUGUCUCUGUUCACACCCAGGUUGUAGAGCAGCAAUUGGGGUCUUCACUGGGUCUGCAUUUUGGUACCAACUAGCAGGAGGAGUUCUGCAGUAGAUUAAACAAGCACCUUUCUAGUUCAGACAAGUACAAUAGAAAGAACUCUUUGCCCAAAGUACAGUCCAGGUGUGCUUUACAAAGCUGUCAGACUUUUGGCAGCGCUGAUGGCGAUCAUGUAUGGCCUGUACGCAGCUGCUUGUCUGCAAAAUCUCAUUGCUUGGACCUUAAGAGGUACAGCCUGUAUGCUGAUGUUGCUUCCAGAGCAAUUUCUGCAAUGUCAAAAUAGAUGAUGGGCACUUGAACUUUGGUGCUUCAACUUCGCAAACGAGCAUUUGCAGUAACCAGAGGAGACAGGAGGACAGAAAUGUCAUUCACUGACUUUGUAUUUCAUUUAAAAGUUGAAUAUCCUUCUCUUUGAGUUUCUUUAAAAUCUAUUCCAGAUUAAUCUUUGUGAACAGAAAUUUUAUUUUUGCAUCAGCUAGCAGGGAGUAUGACACAAGCACCUGCAUUAAGUUAUGAAAAGGGGUAAUUACUAGGGAUGCACUGAUCCGAUAUUUGAUAUCGGUAUUGGUCCCGAUACUGAAGAAAAUCCUAGAUCGGGUAUCGUGACAAUGGGCCCUAUGCAUAGGGGCUAAUCUAUUCAGUCUAAGGGCGUGGUCACACCACCCUCGUUUAGUCCGGUUGAGCCGAACCCUGGAGCGUUUACCCCCUUGGUGCGGUUCGUUUGGGUUGGUGUGAACGCUGACCUCGAACUCUGGUGUGGACCAAAUAAACAAACUCUGGUCCGCCAGUUCGUGCUCGCUGGUUAACAAGCUGUUCAUACGCGCGACCGACUAACGUCUUUUGAUACACGCUCCAGAUGAGUAGCAAAAGCAAAAUCAGCCUACAAUGCUCCAUGACAGGUGAAGACAGCAGAGAGGGGUUUGUAUUCCCACAUAAACUAAUGUCGAAUAACCGAGCGAUAUUCGCGAUCACGUGACUUCCGGUUCCGUUUUCUGGAGCGAUUGAGUUUGUCCUUUGUGAACGCAAACCGGACCAGUUAAACAAUUAAAACAAAGGUAUCGUCUUGCUUUGGAUUCGAACUCGGAAAUGGACCUUUAGGUGUGAACAUGACCUAACUCUAUGCUAUGCGCCGUGAGUGGCAUCCACAAUUUAACAUGCAUCACGGCUUUUCUGUAUCAGAAUUGGAUCAGUAUCGGCUGGUACUAAACUGUAGAUAUCUGUAUCUGAAUCUGAGGUGGAAAAAGCGAAUCAGUGCAUCCCUAGUAAUAACUUAUUCCUACUUAUUUGUUUGCAUAGUGCUGGAGAAAUAAAUGUCCAGGUGACACAUUCAUACUGAGAAUUCAUGAUCAAAGACACCCACGUUUCUUAAAAUGGGAAUGACUGAUAACAUACUGUCAUACAUGCUUACAUACUCCUCCCUCUUUGUAAGUCUUCUCAUGAUGAUCCACAUCCUUCACUCCCCACUCUCUAUCUUGUGGUCUCUUCCUCACUCCCUCCUCUGCGAGGCAUACAUUGCCGCCGCCAAGCGUGUGCGUGAGAUGAGUAUAGCUAGGGGAGUUUGUAAGCUUUGAGAAAAAAGAAGACAAGCCUGAAGACACUGAGACGGCAGGCGGGUUGUAAUGGAGAGCCUGUGGAGGCAUCGGGCUGUGUUUCUGAGCGGUCUGGCUCUGCUUUGCUGUCGCUGCUGCUUUUUCUUCUUCCUCUUUGGUGACUGAAGGCUCGAUCCUCAAGCGGACGUCACACAGAAAGGUGGGGAGGGGGGGUCAGGAGGUGCAGGAGGCUGACCUUGUCUACAGGUGUGCGGUUUAGACUGACUUCUGUUUUUCUUCCACCUGUAUUUUUGUUGUUUACUGAAAGGGUGUGUGCAUGCGUGUGUGUGUGUAUAAAGGUGUGACUAAGGCUGUGAUCAUACUGCAGCUUCAGCAUCUCUUAUAAUGACUGCCUCAGUCACUGGUUGGACUCUGUUCAUAUGUAUAGGCAUAUAUAUUGUCAUUGAAAGUUUCUGUUUUGUAUGAAUGAAAAGAGAGAGACUUUUAACACAAAACUGAAAGACUUGAACAUCUAAAUUUGGCCUCAUUGAACUAAUCUUUCCACAGAGGCACAGUUUUAGUCUGAUAGCUGAAUAUUUUGUUGUUGGUUAUUCUCCUGAAUAAUGAUCAUGCCUUUCCAAUAAACAUGAGUGCCUCUUUGAAGUGAAUGUAGACAUACAGGUUGUAGCUGGAGGUAUGUCACUUACAGAACCACAGCCAGUGUUAUUCCUGUCAGCCAAGCCCACAUGGGUGGACUCAGUGUUUAUGUUUGUAUACACUCUGCUUGCCUCAUUUCUUCACCUGUGUGAGGGUUGACUGUGUCAUAGGGACUGUAACACUGCUGCCAUUUAGGUUAUAAAUGCCAUUCUUGAAGCCUGAGAUGGUAAGCAGUGUUGCUUGUCCCUGAUUUUUGGACUUUCCCAAGGCUCUUGACUCUGUUGACCACAGCAUCUUACUUGAAUGUCGCAAAGCUAUCAGGUUUUCAGAGCGUACAGCUGGGUGAUUUCCCAAAUAACCCAGUCAGUAUGUUUUCAUGCCCAGUUAAGUUGAGCUACGGUUUUAGCCUUAUUGGGCAAUUUAAAUGGACUACUGUGUUUGUCCCAAUUUACAAGGAUGAUGUGAAAACCAAGUUACAGGCAGAAGCAUGUCCACAUCUGCUACAGUCGGUGGCAACAUGCCUUCUUUCAACUUGUUACCACUUGGUUAUCUCCUGGUUGAUCUAUUACAUGCCAGAACAAACAUGUUAGCAAGUGGCAAAACAAUGCAAAAACCUUCACUUUUAAAGCUCUGUAUGUUUUGUACGUACAAUAAAACUUCAUCAUUUUUUAGACUCCUUCUCCUUCUGUUUACCUCUCAGCUUCCCUAGCAAUGCACUAAUGCUAUUCAACUUCCGGACGAAACACUGGAGCAUGCACACAGGGUCAAGGCCAGUUUCCCUCUGGUUGAGGUGUAGACACAGAAGAUAAAAUCAAUCUCGAACCGUAUCAUCUAGGUAUGACUGUCGGACUAUGAGAAGUUCAGUCUUAACAUGAGUUUUAAAAAGUGCAGUUUCAGUUGGACAAAAUUAAACUAUUAUCAAUCAAUCAGUCUUUAUUUAUAUAGCACUUUUCAUACAUAACAUGUAGCACAAAGUGCUUCACACAGAAAAAGGAAUAAAAGAAACAAAUACCCAAAUUUACCCCAACCCAAGAUUAAAAGAAUACCUAAAUCAACCCCAGCCCAACCCCUCAUUCCCACCCCACGAUCUAAUUGCAACAAAAACAGUAUUAAAAUGAAUAAACUUAAAAAGGGCUUGAUUCUGUGGAAACAGGAAUGUGCGCACUGAGGAAACGUCAUUUUAAAACUCAAGAUAUGGAAACACCGGAGGUUUAUGUUAAAAUCUAAAAAACAAAGAAACAAAGAAUGAAAUAAAAACAACAGUAAAAGAUACUGAAAUAAGAGCACCAAAAUAGCUCAAUAAAAGACGAUCCUGUUAUAAAGAGUUAAAUGCUAAAACACUUAGACAGAGAUAAUGAUAUAAAAUUUAGUGAAAAGCAAGACUAAAAAGGUACGUUUUUAUGACUUUUAUUAUGACAUCCUUAUUGUUAUAUUAAAUUUAAUAUAUGAGCAACAUGUAAACAUACCAACUAGUAGAGUCCAAGCUAUAAAAUUAGAAGGUACUACCUCAUGUGUGCUACAAGUUCACAAGGGAGAACCACAAGGAUCAGUUCUGGGCCAACUGCUAUUUACUUUUUCCAUAAAUUGUCUUUGACGAUCGGCCCAAACACUGCUGUUCACUUCUUUGCUGAUGACUCUGUCAUUUAUUGCUGUGCACUUUGCCAUUCUAGGCAAAAUACCAGACUAUCUUUCCUCCCUUUGUACCACAAAGGGUGGAGCUCACAACCUCCUUUUCAUUGGACACUGUGCAAUUUGUUGUUCCAAGAGUCAAAGCUUUGUUGAUAAAGAAGCUUUAGGUAUUCUGAACUUAUUUCCUGUCUGAUUUUCAACUGUAAAACUUUUUUCUUUUUUUUUUUUAGUUCUACUGCAUGUGUGAUUGUUUUGUUGUUGAAACUCAGGGUUGCUGCCAGCCUUGGCAAGGUCUCCCUCGGAAAAGUGAUUUUUGAUCUCAACGGGACUUACCUGGUUAAAUUAAGGUCAAAUGAAAUAAACAAAUAGUCAGAACAAGAACACUAAGUAUAGGAUUGAGGAAUAAAUUCUGCAUUAACUGUUUAGAUGUCAAGCUCUUGCUGAAGCAUUUAUUCGCCCAAAAGUAUUUAAUAUAUUAUGUGCUGCAAAAAAACAAAAACAAAGUUCAAAUCAGCAAUAAUGCAUUUAAGGUCUUUUGAUUACUGUAAUUUAACAAUUAGGUGACGUCACCCUCACUACAUUCAUGUUUUACGUCAUGUUUGAUCAUCACAUUGAUAAUAUAGGAAAGCCAUGAACCACAACACAAUGUCUGAACCCAGAAGUUCAUUCGUGUUUAGGGAUGGGAAUCACUAGUGGCCCAACGAUACGAUAUUAUCACGAUACUUGGGCCACGAUACGAUAUUAUUGCUACUUUUGACAUUUUGCAAUACAGUGAGUAUUGGGAUACAAUAUAUUGUGAUGUUUUUAAAACUGUUUAGCUAAUUUAGCAUUUGGCUUUCCUUUAUGUUUGUCUUAUUUACACAGUAUUUUCUUUUCAUGUAGCACAUCUUGCAAACCUUAUAUUAGCAACCUUGUACUAACUUUGUCCUGCUCUAUGAUGUCACCUCUGCCAUCUUCACUGGACAAACAGCUGAUUUUAUUCUUCCAUUAUCAUAGAUUUGACUUCAUAUUAACAGUUCAUUUAAAAAAAUCAGUACUUGGUCAAUGAGACAAUACAUCACCAGACAAAAUAUAGCGAUACUAUGCUGUAUGGAUUUUUUCUCCCACCCCUACUGGUGUUAUAUCAAGAGGGAACCCGUUCACUAAAGCUCACAAUGUUUCUCUGUUCAAGCUGAGGUUCAUCGAGUUUCCCCCCCGAUGUAUGUUCCUGAUCUUCCCUUACGUAGGAUAAAAUUGUUGUGAUGUAGAAGCUAAGCUGGAGAGGCUACCGAGUGUAAUGAUGUUGCUUUAAUCACAAAGCAGGUGAAAGCUGGUGUUGGAAGAUAAACAGGAAAGCCCAGAAAUGUUGUGAUGGCUGCUGAUGGCCUGUUAUGUGAGGCCCAAGAGCUUAUUGACCAAACACAAAUGCACAUUUACCAGGUUUCCCCCACUGAGAUGAAGGAAAAUGGAUUGUGAAGCAUGUUUUUCAUGGACUACAAACACAGCUGGUGCAGGCUGGUUUUAUUGAAUUUAUAGAAAUUCAUCCAUUUGUGGUCAGGUUCCAGCGCUGAGUUUGUGUAACCUGGGAGUAGAUGUCAAAUUGAUGGCAUAACUCCUUACAAAUGUCCCUCUUGUGCAGAUAAAUGUGCCAAACCCUUUUGUUUUUCUGAGACUAAACCCAUUAAGGGUUAAUCCUAAGGACGUGAUAAACUCGGGAAUAAAAAUGCUGCUCAACUAGUUUGAAUGUUUAUCAUGGUUCAACAACAACAAAGUGCCGUUCCUCCUCUUUGCUAUUUCUGUGUAGGCUGCUCUUAACAUUAAAUCACCCCAGCAGAAUCCAACACACAUGUUACUCUACACAGCCUGUACUUUCCUUUUGAUGCAUGAAGGCAACCCUCAAAGAGGAUGUUUAAACUUCCUCAAAUUAGUAUUUUGGUGUCUCAUUUACCUCAAUGAAGACAGUAUCCUUUCUCCUCCACCCAUCUGUUGUUUUCCACCUGUCUUUUGCUCUGUUAAUCUACUCCUAAAGAAGGCUUAUCAUACAUGCGUUUCUCUGUCCUUGGCCACCAAUCAAGGGUCUUAAUGGAUCCACCAUGGUAUCACACAUGAUAGCAAACUGACUGUGGUAGGAGGCGACCUUACAUCAGACCAGAAAUGCAAACCUAAAUCUGUUUUCCUCCAAGCUGUCAGAUCUUAUUGUCUGGUACAUCAUGAGAUUUAACUGUUGGGUCUUUGUAUUCCCUCUUACAAUGAAGACAACAUGUGUGGCUUGAAAUAAACAAGGAAAAAAAAAUCAGACUUUUAAUCAUCAGUGAUGAACAGCAGCAUCACGACAAUCUGGAGAGAUGGAGUCGUUCUCUUCUCUUUAAAACUGCUGUCACUUCUCAUUAGAGUUGAAAACACGAGUAGAUUAACAGGCUGUUAACAACGAUUCCUCGAGGUUUAAGGGAAGCUUGAUGGAUGGAUGACUGUUCGACUUGGACUCGGGGGAUAAAUAUUGAGUUAUGAUAGUUUUUCAAACCUUAUUUUGGUUGUUCAUUGAAGAAGGACUAAAGUGUGCAGCAAUAUGUGGGAAUAUUUAUCAUGAAUUAAAAUGAUGUCCGUGAAGACACAGUCAAUUAGCCUUUGUUUCUAUAUCAGCCAACACAGUCUGGUUCGACAGAAUAAAAGACUUAAAAGGUUUAUUAUUGCAUUUGCAAAAUGACCAUAAAUGUUAAGAAAAUAAAACAGUAAUUUGCAUCUUUCUUUGACACGUUAUGACCUUCAUUAAGGGGAAGAUGGCAACAAACAAAAAAGACGAAAUUUUUUAGGUUAGAAUAAAGCUAUUUAUUUAUACAAAAAGUCAACAUCAAAUGAAAGACCAAUGCCCAAAGUGAUGAAUGAAUGUAACAAAGAAUAGGAUUGUACCAAACAUGAAAAUGUACCCAAAUACCUGCUCUAAACUAGGGGUGUCCCGAUACAAUAUUGAUAUUGGAUAUUGGUUAGAUAAGCAAAACAAAAAACAAAUAUCGUAUUAUAUUGGCCUGCAUCGAAAAUCUCUGAUAUCAGCAUUCUGAUACAAGCAGUCCAUUCCAGACUCUGUUCCGGCACCUCUAUCUAGUAGUAGUGUUGUAGUCAAGACCGCACCAACCGAGACCAAGACAUUACAGAGACCAGAGAGGACCAAGACUGAGACAAGACCGAGUGAAAAUGCCUUCGAUUCCGACGACACCAAGACCCUCAAAAAAUGGUCUUAAGACCAAGACCGAUCUUGAGUACUACAACACUACUGUAUGGUAACCAUUAGCUUACCUGUCUUUAUGCUUCCUCUCGAGGUGACGGUUAAAGUUUGAAGUUGUACCCGCUGUUUCUGUGAGUUGUGCACACUGCUGAGUGUUUUCGCUUGCAUGUCGUUUUACAAAUGAACUCCUUACUUAAUUAUUGCUGAGUUCGAAGACAUCUUUCAUGAAGAGUUCACCGGUUGCCGAGCAUGAACACACCCUCUCCUCCUGUCGUCUCCAUCCUCUCUCUGUAUGGAGGAGGGUGCGUCAGUCACUCAGACUGUGUGACACUGGGCAGGUAACUUAGCAGCUGCAGCUGAUGGAGAAUCAUUACUACCAAUGAUGUGACGGUAUUAGCUCGACCGGUCUCGUUCAAAAAACUGAGUCCGCUCACUCUGAGACCAAGACAAGACCAAAGGAAAAUGCCUUUGAUUCCAAGACAACACCGAGACCCUCAAAAAAUGGUCUUGAGACCGGUCUUGAGUACUACAGCACUAUCUAUCAGUGCCCUGAUCCAGCAAACUGAUCACAACUACAGUGUGUACUAAGGUACUAACAAAUUAGCAAGGAGUAGGAGUGAUGUUGUGUGGCAGUAUUUUUCCUUUAAGUCCAAAAAGACAGUUGAGUGAAAAACGUGUCAUGCACAAUUUGUGCCAAUAUCAGAUCAAUAUCAGUAUUGGUCAGUAUUGAAGGCUACAAUAUCGCAUUAGAAGUCAGAAAGUUAUAUCAGGACACCCCUGCUCUAAACUAACCAAAUCAAACCUGAAUUUAUAAUAAGACAGAAUACUGUAUAGUCCAGUUGUAGUUCAGUUAGUAAAGCCAGUGCUCCAUGUACAGAGGCUGAAGUCCUCUUCCUAGUGGUCAUAUUUGGUGCAUGUCAACCGCCUGGCCUCCCCUCAUUUCCAGUCUCAAUCUGCCCAAAAGCCCCCAAGAUAUUAUUAUUGUCUGAAGUCACCAAACAAACACCAUAGAAAACGUGUGAUCCUGUGCUCUGAAGCCCCUCCUUUAAUCACCACAUUUUGAUAAUACUGUUAUUUUUCUGUCAGAUCUUCAAGCUGAGAAAAAUCAGGUUGUUAAAUUUGCAGCCUUUUGUCUGAUAAUGUCUUUAUUUACAGACUCAGUGCAGUGUUACAGUUCACACACAUACAGUCAGUCUGGGGUCUAUUUCUUGGAAGUAAUCACACUUGCUGCUAAUCUCCAGCCUCUUUUAAUAAUCAGGUUUCCUCAGGUCCUGAUUAGACUUAAACAUACUUACAUAUCCAGCUGUAAUUUAAGGAUAUACCGAAUCCAAAAAUCUGUCAGGAAGUGGGCUAAUUUGUAUUUGCAUUGAGUGCUAAUGUGCAGCGGCUGUGCUCUCAUUUCUCACUGCGGCGGAUGGAUCUUUUUUAAGUGCUGCGUGUCAGCAACACAAGGAGGGCCGAGGAGGAGAGGGGUGAACUGAGGUGAAAUGUAAACAAGGCCAGUCAGGAAGGAUUAGCGUCCUGUGAGCAGCCUGGCCCCGCGGCGGCACCCGACACUGUGACAAUGGCGGUUUGUUUCCUGCAGUCUGCCCAUGGACUUAUACAUUUUGUGUCGGUCUAUAAUGUGGGUUUAUGUCCACGGUCUGGAGAUAAUUAUGAAGAUAGAGUCUGGAUGUUUGCUCUACAGGUUCGGAGAUUUAAUCCAUCCUUUGUGAGCAUGUUUGCCUCCCAGUCACUGUUAGUGCACAUAGAAAAUUACAGGCUUUUGAGCUGCUUUACUUUUUUAGAAAGCUAUUUUUUGUUAACACACUGGUCAGAGAUAAAAAACAAUCUUUCUCAUUAAUGCUUCCUGCAGAUUUCAUUGUGUACCUGCAUCCAUAAAUUGGCUUUAAAUUCAAUUUCCUUCACUAUUAGGAAGGUUUCAUCUUGAAUAUUUGGCUUAAUGAAUCAUGCAGGGACCCUGUUAACCGUUCCUCUAAACAUGAUGUGCUUUCAUCAAACAUUGCUGCGCUUCCUGUUGCCAUGGUUACACUCCUGAUGCAGCAAGAGAGAGGGAGAGACGCAGACUGAUGUAGACUUUGCAGAUUAAAGAACAAGCACGAGCCCAUUGAUGGGGAGCGAGGAGGAAUGUCAGAAACAAACGAGACAAAACGUCAAGGACGCUUUUCAGUGUAAUUCAAUCAAUAACUGUUUAAACUGGAAAAACAAUUAGAAAAAAAAAACACUGCAGCAGGGUCUACCAGGUCUGAUCGGCAGCAGCACUACAGUGUGCUCCAGAGCUGCUCAGAAAAUACUAGAAUUUUUGGUUACCAUAGAAAUAUGUUUUAUCCAGAUAUGAAGCUUUAUGCAAAUGUUAAGUAUUUGAUUCAGAUUAAUAUUGUGCUAGGUUUUAUUUAAAUCAUUGUAAGCCAGUGCUUGUGCACAAAGCCAAAGGUAUGGUGGACCUUUAUUGCUGUUGCAUAUCAUGUAAAUCAAGUGGGAUAAGGCAUAUUUAUCUAGCUCUGAACAUUCCAAGCUGGUGAUUUAUGAAAAAAAAAAAGUUUUUUUUAUUAAUAGUCAAACAUGUCCUUCAUUGUGGAUAUUUGCCACUGAAAUGUAAGAAAAGGUUCACCCAGUCCAACACCUAACCCCCCCACUGCAGUUUCAGGUUUUCAUAGCGUCCACAAUCAGUGCAAAAACAAAAUGAGCUGAAUUAUUCUGUAGAGUCGAGACUCUACAGAAUGCCAGACUGUCCAAAACUGUGGCAUAGCUUUGGACAGUGUCUUUUUCCUGCCUGUAGUUUCUCAUUAAAAUAAAUAUUUUAAUGUCAGUAACAAAGAUGUGGUAUUUGUCUGAGAUUUUACCAAACACACAAGUUUCUUUUCAGUCUGGAGAGCUUUAUAAGUCAGCCUGAGCACCUGCGCAUCAACAAAUUACCACCGUAAAAUGCUGCUUUGUAACAUACACCUUACAGAAAACCACACAGUUUUAUUUUUUUGAUGUAUAUUUCAAGUUAUUCUUCUGUAGAAGCUGACCAUGUGCAAAUAUAUGUCGUGGUGUUCUGUUUUGUUCUGCAGACAGAAAGUAUGUUGAACUAUAACAUCACACUGGAGUUCAUGUAUGCAGUUCAGUUUGUGAACCUCCUGACUUGAAUUGUGUCAUCGAGUACAUGACUGUAUAAUUUGGGGCUGAAAUAAAUUGAGUUGCUAGAUUAUUUUUAAAAAUUUAGAAUAAAAAAGGUUUGCGGUAAAUAUUUUGUUCUGAGCCUUCGUUAAAUCCUGACUGUACACUUUUGGCCAACAGGAUUUCAGCUGUAGAAUAAUGUUAGAUGUAAGUUCUGAAUAGCCUUUGCAUACUUAAGAACCUUCAUUUAUCAGCAAUAAAACAAAACACCAACCUGACAGAUUAAGUUCAAAUCUAAAAAGUAAUUAUUUAUAUCAUCAUGCACUCAGAGGUGGUUUAUCAGUGCCAACUUGCUGCACUAAGACGAAGAGGAAAAAAGAUAACACUCCUAAUAUAAAUAUUUGUCAUUGUUUCUAAACAUUUUACUGUACUCUUAUUUGUCAUUAUAAUGCUCAUGUCGGACCCUUAAUAUCCUGUGAGUCCUUUAAAUAAAGACUUCAUUUUCAGUAUUUUUUCUGCAGUCAUGUCCACAUCUAAUCCUUGCUGUUAAUCCUCCUUCUGCCAGUGCUGUAGUCACCUUUUAACUGUUUUCCUCAGAUGGAUAAUGAUGUUUCCACUUGUUUUCUAUAAAAUCAGCAGAGAAAUGUUUCCCUGCAGUUUUUGAAGUGCAAACUCAACAUCAUUCAUACCCCACUGUUUCCUUUGUGCUGUUAUUCAGGGGCGUCUCCAGACUUUUUAACAGGGGUGGCACGACUGGUGCACUGAAAUAGGCUGGGGUGGCCAGGGUAUCUGUGCAUGGACAGAAUAUCAGAAUUUACCCACUUUAUAUUCACUAUCUACUUUCACAGCUAUCAUUAUAUGUGACACAGAUACUACAUUUCUGAGUAGUUGUAGUAUAUGGUUUAUGAAAGUAAAUGUAUAGCAGCAAAUCUAAUGAGUGUAAAGUAGUUUUUUUAGGCCUCGUAAUAAGACGGGUUAAUAUACAGCAUUGUUACAGCAAAAACACUAUCAGUGCAAAAGGAUGCUUUCACACUGGAUCAGAUAAUUCAAUGAUUUCUGUUGACUGUUACACCUCCUGUAUCCACACCGUCAUGCUGUGGCUGCAGUAGUCAAGCAGUGGGUUUGACUUGCAGUGACGUUGCUAUUGACAGUUGUUUUCUUCACCUCGUGUGCCUCCUCUGCAGGUCAGUUGA